AUGGCUGAGAACGCUGCCUUAGCUGAUGCUAUUCGUUUGUUGGCUGAAAAUGUGAUCCAAAACCGGGGAGACCAAGUCGACCCCCAAGAUGAAAUGUUUGAGAAGCUGGCCCAGGUUAGACCACCAAUUUUUAGGGGAGUUGCUGACCCUACUUUCCUAGAAAACUGGAUUCGAGAGUUUGAUAAGCUGUUCGUGGCACUCAACUGUCCUGAGGGUAUGAAAGUGGACCAGGCCGCUAUGUACCUUAAGGACGAGGCUGAUAUCUGGUGGAAAGACAAUGCUGUGACCGUUAGGGCCAAACCUAGCUUUGGGUGGGAAGUUUUUAAGACCUCCUUGAGGGGCAAGUUUUACCCCCCAUUCCUUAAGAAACAGAAGGCUCGGGAGUUUAUAAGCCUGGCAAUGGGAGACAUGUCAAUCUCUGAGUACUAUAAUAAGUUUAUGACCCUUUCUAGGUUUGCUCCUGAGGUAGUACCAACUAAAGAGCUGAAGGCUCAGAGGACUGCUAGUGCGAGUGCUAAAGCUGGGGAGAAAAGGAAGGAUUUUGGGAAAUCUGAGAACCAGGGUAAUUUUAAGAGGUCUAAGAAUGGGAACUCGUUUGAUAGGGGUAACCAGAAUGUUAGCAGUUCUUCCAAUCCUAGCAAUGGAGAGAGAACCUACCACUGUAAGAAGUGUAGAAGGAACCAUCCUGGGAGAGACUGUGAUGGGAAUUUGGUGACCUGCAGGUUCUGCAACAAAAGGGGACACAGGGAGUAUGAGUGUUACACCAAACAGAAACAACAGGGAAAUGGUGGGAAUGGUGGGAACACCCAGCAAAGGCCUAACAAUUUUAACAACCAGGGGAAUAGGGGAAAUGGUCAAAAUGGGAAGUUUGGGAAUGGUAGCAACAAUAACAACACGUCUGGCAAUGGCAAUGGCAACAGCAACAGCUCAGGCAACAACAACAAUGGGUAUCAGGCAAGAAACAACACUCCCGGCCGCUUGUCUGUGAUGAGCAAGGGAGAAGCUGAGAGGUCCUCGGAUGUAGUUACUGCUUAUUCUUUCAUUUCUACAUCUGUUGUGCGCAAGUUAAACUUAACUGAAUCGAGUCAUGUUGAUGUGUCAGUCAGUCUGCCUACGGGCAAACUUGUUCAUUGUAAUAAAAUAUUCAUAGGCUUGCCUUUGAAAAUAGGAGAAGCUAUCUUUCCAUCAGGCCUUAUUGAGUUUAACCUAGGAGACUUAGAUGUAAUUCUGGGGAUGGAUUGGCUGAGUUUAUACAAGGCUAAGAUAGACUGUGAGAUGUAG